AUGACCAACAGCACAAAGCCAGAUAUUGAUCUUGGAUUCGACCUUCCUCACCUCACCCUCCAGACCAGCAUUGGCAUCAGUGUUGCCAUCGCUGGAAACAUCCUCAUCUCAUUGGCGCUUAACGUUCAGAAACUCGCUCAUAGACGUCUAGAGAGGGAGAGAAAGAAGGCCAAGCGAGAAGGAACGAAUAGAGCACGCAAUGAUACCGCGAGGCAAGGUGAAAGUGGCCCAGCAAGUUCUGACGUCGAGCUGGACAACAACCCAAUUGUCUCUGAUGGCUUCGGGGACGAGAGGAAUGACGAUAUCGAGCACAGUCUUCUCCUUGAAAACCAGCCGCUGCUGCCGACUUCUUCCCCUUUGCGACCGACCUAUGGCAUGAGCGCGGGCUCAAGCGCCUCCACUGAUGACAGACGGAGUACGACCAGCAGUGGUAGCCUAUCACGAGGUCGCCGAGGUGCAAGACAUCAAAGGAAAUCGAGUUUCUCGUUGCAUUUCAUACCGUUUCGUAUGAGUUUUGGUAAAAGCCAGAGCCAGAAGAUCAAUGCGGAUGCCCACAUGGGCCCUAUAUCAGUAGACGAGGUUGGUAUUCACAACGGACAUGGUGGGUUUAAGCGGAAUCAGAAUGCUGGUCAGAAAAAGAGCGCAGAAGAAGAGGAAAAUGAGAGUGAUUAUCUUAAAUCCCGCCUCUGGUGGUUUGGUUUUUCUUUAAUGAACAUUGGAGAAUUGGGCAACUUCAUUUCAUAUGCAUUUGCUCCUGCAUCGGUAGUUGCACCUCUAGGGACUUUCGCACUCAUGGCAAACUGUCUAGUUGCACCCCUCAUGCUUGGCGAGCGAUUCCGCAAGCUUGACCUACUUGGUAUCUUACUCGCGGUGAUAGGCGCGACUACUGUCGUCCUAUCUACACCUUCGCCUGACGGCACGCCACCACCCCUUACACCUGAUGCACUUCUUGUUGCGAUCUCGCAGCGAGCUUUCCAAGUCUUCUGUAUAGUAUACUUGGUCGGCGCUGUGAUACUGGGCGUAUUAAGCGAGGGCGCCAUCGGUCGAAAAGUCGUAUUAGUGGAUAUAGGGCUAUGUGCAAUAUUUGGAGGAUUUACAGUUUUGGCAACGAAAGGUGUCUCCACAUUGCUGACAAAGGAGUGGGGCAAAAUGUUUAUGGAAUGGAUCUGCUAUCCCAUACUCGCUGUGCUCAUUAUCACGGGCAUCCUCCAGGUCCGAUAUCUCAAUCGAGCACUGAAACGAUUCGACUCUAAGCUCGUCAUACCGACACAUUUCGUCCUGUUUACACUAUCGGCCGUCAUUGGCUCCGCUGUAUUGUACGGAGACUUCAAGCGUGCAACGUUUCAUCAAAUGGUGACAUUCCUGUACGGAUGUGGCGCGACCUUCCUAGGGGUAUUUGUCAUUGCAUGGGCUCCAAGUGGGAGUGGAAACGAAGAAGGAGGUACGGAGAAUGGAGGGGACGAAGGGGACGGCGAGAGUGCUGGAGGAAACGUGGGUGUUGGCUCGUUGAGGCGACGCAGCCGUGCGGCGCUGGUGCCGGCGAAUAAAACGCGCGAAACACCGAUUCUGAGGAAUAAGCAGAGUGGGAUGAGCUUGAUGGGGUUGUCACCGGCCCAGCAUCUGUUGCUUAUACAUACGCCGCCGAGAGACCGGCCGGAUUAUUGGGAAAGAGAUGAAGAAAGCAGGAGUGCACCAGGGAGCGUCUUUGGAGGCAGAUGAGGAGGAUUGUUGUUGUCGCGAAAAGGGUAUGUAAAUAAAAUAAUAAUAGUAAUAUGCUAUAAUUGUAAAAUGACGACAAGGUGGGUGAUUACCUAAAAA